UGGGGCGCGCCCCAAGCCGUCAUUGUCCCUGCCGGCGCCUCCCUGCCCUCUGGAUGCGGCGCUCUGGCCCUGGGCACCUGCAUUCCGGGGCACCACCCUUACUUAAUACGGACAGACUGAGGUUCCCCGGCUCUGACCGCGUUGCUCUUUCGUUUACUUAUGCAGGGGGAGCUGAGGAUCUGGUGCCAUGGCUUUGAUUACCCUGCGCAGAAACCUUUGUCACCUAACUGAAUUUCGGAGCCACAGGGCGCUGGCUGUUCUGAAACAUCAACCCAUCCCAUCCGGUCACAGGGUCAUGAAGGUGCCGCUGUGCCCCUGGUUUUCAGUACAGCCUGGGCUUUUCAAGGUCCGGUUCCAUCAUGCCUGCUGCAAAAAAUUCCAUUCGGAAAAUGGAAACGACCUGCACCCCCUGGAUGAGCCCGGCUUCCCCCCGGUGCCAGACUGGGACGGGCUUGAACACGGUCUGACAGGUGCAGAAGAGCAGGUGUUCUACAGGAGACUGAGCCAGUUCACUUCGCCACAAGAAGUGUUAAGUUUUAUAAGCACCCAGCAGGCACUGUCCGACGCCAUGGCGGCCGGAGCCUUCCAGCGCAUCUGUGAAAUGGAGAACCAAGGUGGGGGCCCAGGGCCGCCAAAGGAAAUCCUGGGGAACAGCACCUUUCAAGCUCUGUGUGUUCAGGUGGGGCGGGAGCCCUCCUACCUGUCAAACAGCAGCGUGGUGGCCGCCCUGCAAGCCCUCUCGCUGUUGGAUGUGGGUCCCCAGAGACGCUUGCUACUGAAGCUGGUGGCCGAGUGCCAGCAUCGCCUGCAGAGGAGGGCCCUGGAUGUCCACAGCCUCUGUGCUAUCGCCGAAAGCCUGGUCAAACUGCAAGGUCCAGGUUGUCCUAUGCUCAGGCCCAUUAUGGAUGAGCUUCAGGCCGAAAACCUGGGAAACUUUACCCCCGAGGAUAUCAUGGCCCUUUAUCGGACACUGCAGCUGUGUGCCGAAAACGUGGACCAGCACCAGGAGUUUCUAAAUAAGAUCAAUGACUUCACUCUCUCCAUAGUUGCCACCCUGAGUCCCACAUCCAUAAGCCAGACGCUCACCACCCUCGUAGUCCUUGACCAGACGCAGGCACUCCCCCUGGUCAUAAAGCUGGGGCGGUAUGCGGUGAGGCACGUCCCGCACUUCACUGACGAGGAGCUGGACAGGGUCUUGGAGGCGUUCAUCUACUUUGGGCACAGUGACAGGUUCUUCACGAAAGCCCUGGAGCAGCACGUAGCGCCGCUGUGCCCGCAGCUGGACCCCCGGCUGGUGAGCAGGGUCAUGGAGUACUGCGGGCAGAAGCUGAUCCUGUCCAGGCCCAUCCUGAGCGCCGUGGCGGAGACUUUCGUUCAGCAGUCGGAAAAAUUUUCGCCUCGCCAGAUUGCAGUGCUGAUUGAACCGUUUGGAAAGCUCAAUUAUUUGCCGCCAAAUGCCUCUGCUUUAUUCAGGAAGCUAGAAGAUAUACUCUUCACGCAGUGCGAUUUUUUCCCACCCAAAGCACUGUUGAAACUGCUGCAUUCGUGUUCGCUCAUUGAACGUCAUCCGGUCAACUUCAUGGCAAAAAUAUUCAGCCCUUAUUUUCUUCAGCAGCUGCAAGGCGAGGAGCCCUAUUUGGACAGACUGAGCCUGGCACAGCUGACCCAGCUCUUCGUGACCUCGGCCCUCGAGUGCCCUUUCUACAAGGGUCCCCGGCUGCUCCCUAAGUUUCGAGUGAAGUCAUUUCUCACCCCUUGCUGCUCCCUGGAGACCCCAGUGGACUUCCGGCUUUACAAGUCCGUGAUGGCGGGGCUGAUCGACCUGUUAGGAGCAAGAUGCUACUUUGCUUCCCGCGUGCUGACGCCCUUCGGCUACACCAUCGAUGUCGAAAUCAAACUAGAUGAAGAAGGAUUUGUGCUGCCACUGGCAGUUGAUGAAGAUGUGCACACAAGGCUCGCGCUGUGCCUCGAUGGCCCCAAGAGGUUCUGCGUGAACAGCCGGUGCCUGCUGGGCCGGGAGGCCACCAAGCAGCGGCACCUGCGCCUGCUCGGCUACCAGGUGGUGCAGGUACGACCCGCGGCCGGCUCGCUGCCCGACUCCCGCGCGCCCCGGCUAGUCGGGCGUGACGCUGCCCGCUUCGGGCUGGAGCAAGCCAGACGCUCACCACCCUCGUAG